CUCCGCUCCGGUCUAGACAUCACAUCAUUAGCAGAGUCAGCUAGUUAGCUGUUUAUUUCUGGUCAAAAUGUCAACCACGACAGGCGGCGGAGAGUUUGGCAACCCUCUACGAAAGUUCAAGCUCGUCUUUCUGGGCGAACAGAGCGUUGGGAAGACUUCACUGAUCACCAGGUUUAUGUAUGACAGUUUCGACAAUACUUACCAGGCAACAAUUGGUAUUGACUUUUUGUCAAAAACCAUGUAUUUAGAAGACCGCACGGUCCGGCUCCAGCUGUGGGACACUGCCGGACAGGAGCGUUUUCGUAGCCUAAUUCCCAGCUACAUCCGUGACUCUACCAUUGCUGUGGUUGUUUAUGACAUCACCAAUCUUAACUCAUUCCAGCAAACCUCAAAGUGGAUUGACGAUGUUAGAACAGAGAGAGGGAGCGACGUGAUUAUCAUGCUCGUGGGGAACAAAACAGACUUAGCAGAUAAAAGACAGAUCACCACGGAGGAGGGCGAGCAGAGAGCUAAGGAACUGAAUGUCAUGUUCAUUGAAACCAGCGCAAAGACUGGCUACAAUGUCAAACAGCUGUUCCGACGCGUGGCUGCGGCGUUGCCUGGGAUGGACAGCACACCAGAGAAAAGCAAAGAGGACAUGAUCGACAUCAAACUGGAGAAGCAGCCAGAGAUGACUGUGACCGAGAGCAGCUGCUCCUGCUAGUACACCUCGCCCCCGCCCGGGCCGUCUCCUCCCCACCAACAGCUUGUCUCUCAGUGGCCACUCGCUCCACCCUUGGCCAGCCGCCGAAGGGAACGGAGGACCCGUCUUUUUGUUUUCCCCCCCCGCCACCUUCUCAACUCAGUGACUUUUCAGAGUAACCAUGUGGAUGUGCAUUACUGUAUUGAAACAAGAUUAUCUGGAGGGGGGUGGAGGUUCAAAAGUAAAACAUUUAAAAUAAGGAAUAAGUUAAACGAUAUGUUCAGAUUUUCUUACAGUUGCAUGGCAUUAUAUAGGAUUGCAGACUGACUUAGCUAACCGCUCUUGAGUUCUUGCACAGUUCUGAAUCUUAGUGCUGUUACUGUUGUUGUAAAGUAAAACUGCUUGGGAUUAUUUAAACAACUGUGAGGUUGAGUUUUCUGCCCAUUUUUUUUUUCUUCCACUUUUUAUUUCUAAUGGAAACUUUGCCUGGAACUAUUGUAUCUCUCACUCAAGUGUUUAUUUUUUUACUUUUGUCUUAUUUUGAGGAAGUAGACGCAGGAUCAUACCAGUGAAUUCACACAUCGUCAUAUUAACACUUUAACCUUAAAUCAACGUGUUUCAUGGGACCAGUGGAACUACUUAUUCAUACUCCACUCACAGUCGUGUUAAUUUCAGAACAUAUUUAAAACAGUGCUGCAAAAGGAAGGAGAAAAUACAUCAAACUAUGAUCGGGGGCGGGGAAAUAAUCUCAAAUUCACAAGAAUGGCUUUGUGUGCAUUUAAACUACCGCAACUGUCUUUCUGAUGUUAAAUUAGCUUCACGCGUUACUAACAUGUCUGAGGAGGAGAGUUCAGCUACUUAACCAGCACCUCGCGUGCGAGACGGAGAGUUGUCACUUUGGUCGCUAGGACGAGACAAACCACCACCGCCGCCGCCAUCAUCUUCCCAUCGACGACGGUUUGUGUUGUGUUGAUGAUGCAGCAUGCUCACCAUUCAGGAUUUCUAUGGAUAAGAACACAGAUGCCUUGCUUGUUUGUUCACCGACGUUGUGCACUGAAUCAAGCCACCAAUAUUGUAAAAAUAAGGACGAAGCCUGCUGACCGGUUCAUGGCUUCACUUAGUUGUUUUGUAGAGCUGGUAGAUAGACGUCCUCAGAUACGGCUAAUGCUUACUAACACCCUUGCUGUAAAAAAAAAAAAAAGAAAAUUUAAAACAAAAACAACAAAAAAUACAAGCGCAGAGAA